CGGAUCUUGGUCACGGAGGAUUGGUGCCCACCAAUCCUGGGAUGGACCCGCAUGACUUGAUGUUCUCAUUGAUGCAAGAACCAAAAUCUGAUGUCGACACUUCUCCGGAGUUGACGCCCAGCGAGGGCUCACAGAGCAGUCGUGGAAGCGAUGUAUCGCAAAGCGACAAUAUGAAAAUCAAGAUCAUGAUAGAGAACGAAGCCGCCGAUAUUUGGGGCACUGGUGAAGCUGGCGUUGUUGCUCAGAGCAUGAUUCCCAUGUACGACCGCAUCGUUAACAUGAUGAAUGAUGGAGAAGACCUGACUAUGGGUGGCGUCGAGGGCGGCGGUAAAGCAGGUGGAAGUCCAAAGAAGAGGAAGGCAGAUGAAGUGUGGGACUUGCCUCUCGCGGAUUUCAUGGAUGAUUUCUGGAACGGCGGAAUGCAGACUUGAUGAAAGCAUAGCUGGAUUUACGAUGAGAUUGGUGGCAUUCUGGAGUUGGCGAUACUCUUAUAAAAGACUACGACGCUUGAAAGGCGAUCUGAGGAGCGUCGCUUGCAUUUUUGGGCACAUAUAGCGAAGGCGUCAUGGUGUCGAAUUUGGUGGAAUUGCAGAAGCAUAUGGCCUAUCAAACGAGGAACACGAGUGGAAGGACCAGAUUUUGGGGCUUAGCGAGGUGUUGCUGGCGUUCAUUGACGUUAUUCUCAUGACUGUCUGCAACAUAUACCCAUCGCUUGGCACUUAUAUAGUGGAGUGGCGAACAUUCUUUCUGUUCUAUGAGG